GGGAUGUGGGGAAAUGGGCCCGAGGGGUGAAGAGAAGGAGGGAGAAAGAUGGAAAGAAAAUGAUUAUACACUUAUGGAGCUAUUUGUAUAGACAUGUCUUUCGAUUUUGGAUAAAAUGGAUCUUGAGACAGCUCACUGGAAAAUGUGAACUGCAGCGUAUCUGUGAUGGUUCAAAGAAGAGUGCUGAAAGAACACUCAAAAUAGAGCAUUCACUGGAAUCAUCAAAGAGUAAGGUGUUACAAAGUGCAGUGCAUGCUUCUGAAGAUGAAGUGAAAAAAUACGUAGCACUUAUCAUGAGAGAAAAGAAGAUCGAUAUACAAAAGGAUACAAGGUUUGCCUUGAAGUUCCAGAUGUGUUUGCUGCAGAUAACUGGUUAUAAGAAACUUUAUUUGGAUGUAGAAGAUCUGAGAAAAUGUCCCUAUGACUCUAAUAAUAUAGAGCACGAGAAGCAAUUAACAGAGCUUUGGAAUUUGUUGAUGCCCCAUGAAAAGCUGAAGGCUAGAAUCACGAAGCAGUGGUGUGACAUUGGUUUCCAAGGUGAUGACCCUAAAACAGACUUCAGAGGAAUGGGCAUGCUGGGAUUAGUUAAUCUUCUCUACUUCAGUAAACAUUAUACCCAUGAAGCACGUCAAAUCCUUGCUCGUUCAAAUCAUCCAAAACUGGGAUAUUCCUAUGCAAUAGUUGGGAUCAACUUGACAGAGAUGGCUUACAGUUUAUUAAAGAAGGGUGCUUUAAAAACUCACUUCUACAACCUGGUUUCUUCUGUAGCACAAAUGGAUCACUUCCAUCGGUUCUACUGUUAUUUGGCGUACGAGUUUGACAAAUUUUGGUUUGAAGAAGAACCAGAAAGUAUUAUGUACUUCAAUCAGUUCAGAGAAAAAUUUCAUGAAAUAAUCAAAAGACGUCUUCAGGAUUAUGAUGCAGUCCUUGCCUUAUAAAGUGAAAAAUAGUGUUCAUACCUUCGGGUACUGUAUAUAAAAAUUAUGCACUUCAAUGGAAUCCUCAUUUUUAACCAAAAAUCUUCACUUAAUGAUCAAGUUUUAUAACUUUAAAAAAUCACUUGGGAGAGCUUGGACAAUCAACACGUAUUUAGAA